AAAAGACGAGCGCAACGCGGAUAAGUGAGACUGGUGAAAUGGUGAACGGACUUCUCUUGUGAAAGCGGACAAUGCCGCUCGUCCAGUCGUGUCCUCCAGACAGAGGAAGAGAGAAGAGGAGGAGAAAGCGAAACCGUGGAAAGGAAAGUGCCUGUUUGCCUCCCGGGGCAAGGUCUCCGCAGCAGCGCUUGACUGCCCACUAUCCGCUGGUCCGGCCAGUUUACGCCGUGUUGUGGCAACACGCAGGUCCGCUUCGCUAAAAGGGACACCGGACGGGCGCAGUCGCCAGCUAACUGGAGGGCGGUUACGACGUUGCGUUGCGUUUUUCCUUGAUUUCUUCAGUUUAUUUUAUUUUAUACGCGCGAUCGCUAGCAUGAGUUUGCCUCUUACACGUUCAUCGGGAGUACGGAACAGCGUAGUUAACAAUGCAGUUUAGACCUGACAAUUUCGACACAGAACGUCGAAAUCUCACCUAAUCUAGAGUAACGAGGCCCUCCCCCAAUUUCUGUGUUUUUUUUUUUUUCAGGUUGAUUGUGUGCUCAGAGGUAGCGCUGUCAGAGUAUUGGGUGACGUUUUACUAACAUCUCAAGGUUAUUUCGCGAAAGUCUACUGGCUGGCGGAGCCGUACCCUGAGGUACCGGAAGCAGCGCCGCGCGAUUUAUCCCACACCCCAUAUACACGUGUAUGCUGGGCAACGCGUCUCGGCGUUGACUGGGUGUGCGUUGCAGAGGCGCGGCGCGGCGCGUCAUAUCGGCGCCGUGUUUCCCGGCGGGUGCAAUCUGCAAGUUUCCCGCGAUGUAUCGCGCCGUUGGCACGUGUGCUGGACGUCAGGAUUAUAAACUCGCGCUUGCGUGCACCACGGCUACCUGUUUGCUCUACAUGGGAUCGCGGGUCACGGUGUGGAUUGAGAGGUCGCGUUGUUUGUGCGUCAGCUAGAAUACGAACCGUUGUCACCUGCGUUUUUGGAAGGAGUUCCUGCUGCGGUCAUGCUGUCACCGCAACAAGGAUAUUCGAGGCGACGGUGCACGCCGGCGUCAAUAGCACUGAAGAUUGGUUUGCCUGUUCUUAUUCUGCUUUUGAUUCUCGUCGUGGUGCUCUUCGCUGGAGUAUCCUGGAGCGACGGGGAUCCUGAUCCACCAGAAGUGGCAAAUCUCACCUUGGUGUCAGCGGAAAACGGAACAUUUACCGUGGCUUGGGAGCGGCCCGAAGGUAUCGUCGACCAAUACUGGGUGCAGGUCAGCGCCAGGGCUGCCAGCGGUGAUGACGACAGCGACGGAAAGCGGAGGGCGGGACUCUGCUCCAACGGAACGAUCCUGAGGCCCGACCAGAUGCGCCUCACGUGUGGUGGCGUCGAGCCCUGCACGAACGUUACCGUAACAGUGCGCGUACUCAACUUUCCUCGGCGACAUAGUUCUACGAAGUAUUCCGAUGGCGUACGCCUUCCAAUCUUCUUCCCUGGAUACGCUCCUGAUCCACCGAGGAACGUCUCCGUCAUCGCUGCGUCGCCCACAGAAACUCGAAUAUUGUGGGAUCCAGUCCUUUCAUACUCGGGUGACGCCGUCCUGUAUGAUGUCAGGCUGUGCGAAGCAUCGGGAACCUGCGACGCCGCCAACCCUGGCUUAUGUGCCCAGUUCAGGACCCCGGACACUUCACUCGAGUUGAGCUCUGCCGGUGUGAACGGGCGCUGCCUGUUCAUUGAAGCGACUACACAGUGCAAUGGACAAGUUCUCAGAAGUAGUCCCAGUGUCCUUGAAGCUUCUGUUAAAUAAGCUAUAGUUUCGAACGUGCUUUUCUUUCUGCCACAUGUAUUUAUCAGUUGGGUUAUUCGUCAUCGCCUCUCGCACUCAAGAUGGGUAUCAUCUUAGAAACUGCCAAGUUUGUGCGAAGUCAUGGCACAAACAUGACAGCCACCUUCACUCAAUUCUGUCAGCGGUUUGUACAGACAGUUUGGUUGUACUUAACGCGUUUCACUCACGAAUAUCGGGAGGUGCCUAUCAUUGUUGCGCACUGUCUUGGCAGAAGCUUCAAAGUCACUCUCAGACAUGUUCGAAUGCGCCCGUCAUUGUAUAAUUGGAUUGUUUGCAUGUACUGCGGAAAAUUUAGACACGAAAUAUUUCAAUCAUUCCCUUGUUUCAUUAUCACAUGUCAUAUCCACAACAUUCACUGUAUCUUCGUCAUUUCCAUUUAGUCAGCAUUAGAGUUCCUACAGGAAUGAAAUCGGUUUGUACACUUCUAAAUACAGCUUUGUGAUAUGCCUAUAGGGCAGGCUUUUAGAAGUGUAAGAGAAAUGUGCAUAGCAGUAUGCCAUUCGACAUCUAGGGUCUUCCUACCAUAAUGUAUUUAUCCCUGACCUGUUAAAAGCCUGAGAAAUUGCCUCUUGCUUACUUUAUUUUUCACUGACGUGUGGGGCUUACACAAGCAGAAUGGUAAUUUCGUACAACGAACACCACGCCAAGAGUAUGGUCGUAUACAAAGCAUUGAUGGCAGGCCUUGAAAAAACCAUUUGUAGUGCGAAUAAAAGUUGCUGCUCAUAAUGCCUUUGUGGUAUGUCAACGAAGGAAAUAAACCACUUAGUACAAAUCGC